CACACCAGGCCCCAGGACAGAGAGGGUGUCGUGCCUGCAGCUGCAACGCAGGAAUUAAGAGGUGGGAGUGGACUCUGUUCUGUCUCGGAUUGCCCCGGAAUCCAUCGUCUCUCUGCGGUGAGAUAUAUUAUUAUAACCUUAUUUUUAAUGGAAGAUGAUUGAAUGUGAAAACCUAAACCAAGAAGACAUAAUUAAAGAACUGUGUUUAUGCAAUGGUUUAUCUUAUGAGAUGAUUGGACAAGAAGGAUCAGAUACUUCAAAACUGGAAAUGUUUUUCUCAGGGUAUCCUCGUAUAGUCGGAUUAUCGUUAUUUCCUAAUUUAACAAGUCUCACAAUUGUUGCUCAAGAUAUAAAAGAAAUUUCAGGACUAGAAACUAGUUUAUGGCUUAAAGAACUUUGGAUUGCUGAAUGCUGCAUAGAGAAGAUUGGAGGUCUUCAAGAAUGUAGAAAUUUAGAAAAACUAUAUUUAUAUUAUAAUAAAAUUUCUAAAAUAGAAAAUUUAGAGAAAUUAUCCAGAUUGACGGUUCUUUGGCUGAACCACAAUGCAAUUAAAAAUAUUGAGGGCUUGCAAACUUUGAAGAACUUAAGUGAUCUCAACCUUGCUGGAAAUCUAAUAAGCAGCAUUGGUCGAUGUCUUGAUCCCAAUGAGCAACUAGAAAGAUUAAACCUCUCUGGUAACCAGAUAUGUUCUUUCAAGGACCUCACUAACUUAACCCGGCUGCGUCGCUUAAAGGAUUUAUGUCUGAAUGAUCCUCAGUAUAAAACCAAUCCAGUUUGUCUGCUGUGUAAUUACUCCACACAUCUGUUAUAUCACUUGCCUUGCCUUCAAAGACUCGACACACUUGAUGUGUCCGCAAAGCAGAUCAAGGAGCUGGCGGAUACCACAGCAAUGAAAAAACUAAUGUAUUACAAUAUGCGUAUAAAAACUGUUCAAAGGCAUCUUAAUGAAGACCUUGAAAAACUGAAUGAUCGAAAAUGUAAAUUACAGAAGUUACCAGAAGAACGAAUAAAAUUAUUCACCUUUUUGAAAAAAAAUUUGGAACGGGAACUGACUGAACUCAAAGGAUUUGGCAAAGGGCACAAUGAUAGAUCCAAUAACAACAAAGUAACCGAGCUUGAAAAAUCAAAAACCUAUGAAACUGUCACAGAAGAACCAAAUCUUCAGCAGAAGAUAGUGACCAAACUAAAUGCCUUGAAUGAAAGGGUAACAUUCUGGAACAAAAAACUAGAUGAAAUUGAAGCAAUUUAUCAUAUUGAAGUAAAACAAAAGAAGAAAAGUCAUAGUUUAUUAAUCCCAUUUUUGUUAAUUGAGUUGGAGACUGUGGGAAACAUCCACUUUGAAGAAGGCACUCGAUCUGAUGACUGGUUUAAUUCCUGCUAUGAAUUAAUUUUAUCACGUUUUUGUACAUGGGACUUCAGAACAUAUGGUAUUACAGGAGUGAAAGUAAAACGUGUCAUCAAGGUUAACAACCGUAUUCUGAGACUAAAAUUCGAAGAGAAAUUCCAAAAGUUUUUGGACAACGAAGAUAUGCAUGAUUCAGAGAGCUAUCGAAAGAUGCUGGAAUGCCUUUUUUAUGUUUUUGAUCCUGAAAUUACAGUGAAGAAAAAGCAUCUGCUACAAAUACUUGAAAAAGGAUUCAAAGACAGUGAAACAAGCAAGCUGCCUCUCAGAAAAGAAGCUGUUAUUCUUGCAAACAGCCUAAGUAUAUGUGAGUGUCCCAGAAUUGAAUUUCUACAGCAAAAGUACAAGGAUGAGAAGAAAAACUCUCUUGAGCAUGAGCUCUUCAGACAUGGAGUCCUCCUGAUUACAAAGGUUUUCCUCGGCCAUAGUGUUCAGGCUCGUGAUCAGGACUCCAUCAGUCAAGCCAGCUACCCAAUGAUUAACUCAGUGUUCAUUCCUCGAAAAUAUUUACUAAAUUCUAUCAUGGGACAAAGAAACUGUGAUUGCAGCGUUCGGCAGUGCAAGUGGUUUGUCUUUGAUCAAGACCUUGUUUUGCCUGAAUACAUCGUAGAAUUUGAGUAUAUUACAGUGGUCAAGGCUCACUCUUUAUUUUCUUCAUUCAACAAUGUUAUUCUAGAAGAAAGCAAAAAAAAUUCAGAAGGAUCAGUAUUGUCCCAGGAUUUGAAAUUUGAUGAUGAAGUUAUAAAAAUGGACCCCAGGAUCAAGCCCAGACCAAAACUUAUUAGUUUGGAUGAUAAAACAAUACUUUCCCUUGCCAAGACUAGCAUUUACAGUCAUAUUGUGAGUCUGAAUCUACAUGGAAACAGCUUGAGUAAACUGAGAGAUCUCUCCAAGUUAACAGGACUUCGAAAACUUAAUAUCAGCUUUAAUGAAUUUACUUGUUUAGAUGAUAUAUAUCAUCUGUAUAACCUUGAAUAUUUGGAUGCAAGCCAUAACCAUGUGAUAACUCUUGAGGGAUUUAGAGGUCUGAUGAAACUUAAGCACUUAGACUUGAGCUGGAAUCAACUGAAAAAAUCUGGUGAUGAAAUAAAUAUGUUAUGCAAACACACUACAAGCCUUCUCACUCUUGAUAUUCGACAUAAUCCAUGGCAAAAGCCAGCCUCAUUAAGGCUGAGUGUUAUUGGCAGAUUAAAGACUCUUACUCAGUUAGAUGGAGUCCUCAUUUCUGAAGAAGAAGCAACAGCAGCUAUGAAAUUUAUUUCUGGAACAAAGAUUACUCAGUUAUCUCUCUUACGGCAUUCUAGUGCUAAAGAGGAAAGACCACGGAUUCUUAGUAUCUGGCCUUCUGCCAAAAUUCUGACACAGAUUUCAAAGUUGGGACCACAUUCACAUCUGAGUGGAAACUGGUACUUGAAGAUAACUGCCUUAAAUUUAGAUGGGCAACAUCUUUUUGAAAUCGCAAAUUUAGAAAAAUUGGAAAAUUUGAAAUGGGCAUCAUUUAGCAACAAUAAUCUCACUAAAAUAGAAGGCUUGGAAUCUUGUGUUAACUUGGAAGAGCUCACAUUAGAUGGAAACUGCAUCUCAAAGAUAGAAGGCAUUUCCAAGAUGACUAAUUUAACCCGCCUCAGCAUAAAUAAUAAUCUCCUCACUGGUUUGGAAAAGCAUACUUUUGAUAACUUGCUUCAUCUUCAUUCCCUUUCUCUUGAAAACAACAGAAUCACUUCAUUGAGUGGUUUACGAAAAGCUUUUACACUAACUGAAUUGUACGUAAGCAAUAACUACAUUGCUCUCAAUCAGGAGAUCUACAAUUUAAAGAGUUUAAGCAACCUGAUCAUUCUAGACAUGUAUGGAAACAUUAUUGUAUGGAAUCAAGAAAACUACCGGUUUUUUGUAAUAUUUCAUCUUCCAGAACUGAAAGCUUUGGAUGGAAUCUCAAUUGAACCACCAGAGACUGAGAGUGCGAAAGAUUUGUUUGGUGGCAGACUUACUUCUGACAUGAUUGCCGAAAGACAAGGACAUUCAAACUUCACCCAAAUGCAAGAACUAAAUUGGACUUCAUCAUCUAUCAGAACUGUGGAUUUGAUUCCAGUUGACCAAUUUAGAAAUGUGUGUAAUGUGAAUCUACAGAACAAUAAUCUUACCUCAUUCAGUGGAUUAAUCUAUCUGCCUAAAGUGAAGGUCUUAUGCCUCAACUAUAAUCACAUUGAAUCCAUCAUGCCCCAACUAAAGCCUCAGACUCACUUGACCAAUAGACAACUACUGUACCAGAAAGUGCCUUCUAGUGGCUAUGGGCAGCAAGGAACUUCAAAAAUAAACAGAGAUACAAUGAGCAGUGAAAAUUUGCCUCCAAUAAUGCACAGCUUAGAAGUUCUUCAUUUGGGCUACAAUGGAAUUUGUAAUUUGAUUCAGCUACAACUUAAUAGACUAAGAAAUUUAAAAUUCCUCUUUCUUCAGGGGAAUGAAAUCAGUCAAGUUGAAGGGCUUGACAACUUAGAAGUCCUUCAGGAAUUGGUAGUAGACCAUAACCGCAUCAGAGCGUUUAAUGAUAGUGCCUUUGCCAAACCAAGCUCUCUGUUGGCACUUCAUCUAGAGGAAAACAGACUACGAGAGCUGAGCAAAUUACAACCUUUGGUAAAACUAGAGAAACUCUUCCUAGGAUAUAAUAAAAUCCAGGAUAUGGCAGAACUGGAAAAACUUGAUGGUAUCUCUUCCCUCAGAGAGCUUACAGUUUAUGGCAAUCCGAUUUGUAGAAAAAUGCUACAUCGCCACGUGCUUAUAUUUCGACUGCCUAACUUACAGAUGUUAGAUGGAAUCCCUGUGAAUUCAGAUGAUAGGGCAAAAGCUGAAUUUCACGUCUCUGAACUACAAGCAAAGAAAAACUUGUUUAUUCCUGAUACCAACUCUCCUGUGGAUGGUGGAUCAUUUGGCCAAGUGAAAGUUCCUCCCAUAAAGAUAACAAAUGUAAUUCUGCCUGGUGGAUUUAGCCAUUACUUGCGAUCUGACUUCACUUUAACUCCUGAAGUUGAAGACAAUAAAAACAAAAAUGCAGGGAUUCUAACAAGUAGUCCUCGGAGUAUCCAUGCAGAAAUAGCUUUUCGGCAACUCAGAGGGAUAAAUCUCUCUCCAUCUCUUUUAUCACAUCAGAAUAUGGUAUCUCCAAGUGCACAAAUGUACCAGAACAACCAAGAUGAGGGAAGAAUUCCUGGCAGCCACUUUCCAAGAUCAAAUCAAAUGUAACUAUCUAAAGAGAAAUGAAUAUACACCAAGAAACCUAUUUCUGUUUAGUAGUUGUGCAAAAACUAGCAGACAGUGUUGGUGAUAAAAAAUAUGAUACUCACAUUACUUAUGU